UAGAUUAUCACCUGCACAGUGCUGCUGGCUUUGCCAUAAAUGUGAAGCGGAGGGCGGCGAGAGCAGCAUUAGACUGAAGCUCUCGUACAUGUGCCCAACUACCGGCGUAUGUCCGUAAAAAUUCUAUUUGGGAUCUGUUGGCCAUCAUGAUUAUAAAUCCCAAGAUUCUCACGCUGGAGGAGUACAGCCGGGUGGUGGAGGCCAAACUGUCCCGCAAGGACUUCAAGAUAGUGAGCUUGAAGGAGGCGCGACUGGAGCAGCGCGUCGGCUUCCUGGCGGACCACUCGCGCGUCCUGGUGGAGGUGGAGCUCCCCGACGGCCAGCACCAGACGCACUCCUUCUUCGCCAAGGCCAUGCCGUCCAACGAGAUCUGCCGGGACAUGAUCCUGGAGAACCGCUGCUUCCAGAAAGAAAUUUUCUUCUACGAGCAGCUGUCGAAGCUCUUCGACGGGGUGCCGCUCACGGCCAAGACGUUCCCGACCUGCUACCUGGCAAAGCCGGAGGUCCUCAUCCUGGACGACUUGGGGCCGAUGGGGUUCGCGCCCGUCAAGUCCAUGGUGGCGGCCGUGGACUUGGAGCACAGCUAUCAGGCCAUCGCGGCGUUGGCGCGCUUCCACUGUGCCAGCAUGGCAGUGGAGGAGCGGCUUCAGAAGCGCCUGCCGGACAUGUUCCCCGAGUACAUGUACGAGGUGCUCUUCCCGGCCUCGGGCCGCACCGAGACCUGGUGGCGCAUGGGGCUCCGCGCCGCGCGCGCCCUGCUGCCGCUCCUGCCGCAGUACAAGGAGGACCCCGGCGUGCUGCGGAGACUGCAGGACAAGUUCGACGGCCUCGGCGACGCGCUGCUCAAGUGCUUCCAGGCGGACCCCCGUCGGCGCAACGUCAUGUGCCACGGCGACGCCUGGAUCAGCAACUUCCUCUUCAAGCAGAACCAGGGCACGCCCGACCAUGCCGUGCUGCUGGACUUCCAACUGAUGCGCUACGCCCCGCCCGUCUACGACGUGCAGCUCUUCCUGCACAAGUCCCUGCCGCACUCGGCGGACCGCGCCGCCCAGAUGGAGCACCUGCUGCAGUACUACUACGCGCGCCUGCAGGGCGAGCUGCGCGCCGCGGGGCUGGACGCGGAGGCCCUGCUCUCGGAGGACGAGUUCCGGGAGACGAGCCGCGACGGCGCGCGCAUGGCCAGCAUCGUGGUGGCGCUGUACAGCCAGACCUGCGACAUGCCGGCCGAGUUCAUCGACAAGCUCUUCGCCGACAAGGACCUCUACCAGAAGUACAUGUUCGAGGAGCGGCCCGAGUACGUCACCAAGGUCUUCAACACGAACAAGCACUUCCGGUGCGCCAUGGGCAACGCUUUGGGGCACCUGGCCAAGAUGGUCUUGGCGGACGAAUAAAAACAACAAACCACUCUC